AUGUUCCACGCCGUCUUACCACUCGAUGUGGCGCUCGGUCAAAGGCUAAUGAAGCAGGCUAUCGACGUGGCAAGGGAUUCUCGCAAGAGCCAGCAUCCGUUCCCGGCUGAAGAGCUCGAGUGGCUCGUCACCGUGGCCUUCAACCAGGCUGUGGACGCGUAUAAUGUCAGACAAGACGACGAUUGCAUUAUGUGGGCGGAUUUGGCGAUUAACUUGGCGCAUUAUGCUGAUGAUGGUGGGGAGCUGGAGAAGAGAGUGCAGGAGAACCGGAUGAAGUUGAAGUUUGACUUGCCAUGA